AUGCCCUCUUCCUCGCUGAGCCCCGCCACCCGACGCCGCUGCCACGCAAAACCCGACCGUGCCAAUUCACUUAAUAAUAUUUUUCAUGUUGUACUUACCUUUCUUUCUUAUUUCAUUUCUUUUUUUUUUAUCUAUCUAUCUAUCUAUCUAUCUAUCUAUCUAUCUAUCUAUCUCAGUCAAUUCCUAUACAUUAAUCUAUCUAUCUAUCUAUUUGUGUUUGUUCAUACCAACGUUGCUCGCUUGAAAAUCUGCAUUCAAACUUUUAGGCGUACAACUCCGGGCAUCAGUGCCCGUGAGGAAAUACGCCACUAUUACAACAUUUCUCUUUAUAUUUCUAUCUAUCUAUCUCGCAGGCUAGCUUCUUCAGUUUCCUCAAAUAUUCAUUCAUUUGUUGCAUAUUCUUCUCUUAAAUCAACCUUUUCUCUUUACCCACUUUCGUUACUUUUCUCUCUUAAGUUCAAAAUCAUUAUCCUUCAGUCUAUUCUCUCUUUAAUGAGACUUAUUUUCUUUACCCAACAUAUUCUCUCUCUCACUUUCUCAGCCUAUUCGCUCUUUUCAUAUCAACUGCACCUUUUUAAUCCGUUAGCAUUCAAGGCGCUGAUUGGUUCGUCCCUGCUGCAGUGUGAUAUGACAGCGCCACCUGGUAGCCAUCCCCCAACACCUUGUGGCGUUUAUUUCUUCAACGUUCAUUUCUCCUUCGCUUUUCUCUCCGUAGGCAGUAUUUUAUCUCUCUCUCUCUCUCUCUCUCUCUCUCUCUCUCUCUCUCUCCCUCUUUCUUUUUCUCUUUCAUUCUUUCUUUCCCGACUAUAA